AUGACUAGCCCCCAAGAUUCUCAGGCCAUGGCCCUCGCAACCAAUGCCCGCACCACAGAUGGCAUCAGGAAUACUGUCUCUGACGGCCAGGUUACAACCCGCACUACACGAUCCAUGUCAAAGCACAGCAAGGAGAAUCCCGGCAGCUCAGCUCAAGAAGAGCAACGCGAACGCAUACAAGAGGAUCCAAGACCAAACUUCCUCCACACCUUCCUCUACACCUUUCCCGGCGAGAUCAGGAACCUGAUUUACGAGAAUCUAGCUCCUCGGCCCUGGGGCUAUGUCGACAUCACCCGCUUCGACAUCGAGCGCUUCCAACACGACCAUGGCGGUGGCGCUUUCGCGCAGUUCCAUCCGACCAUCGCCAGCGAAUACCGCGGCUACUGGUGUCCUAACGUCACCUUCAUGUGGAUCAUAGGUCUUCACUCUCAACCGAAGCGUGGCGCAGAGCCUCACAACGUCCCCCACGAUAUCGACGACGUAGACUUCGAACCCUGGCACAAGUGGAUCAAGCAAUUCGACGACGUGCAGGCUGGAGAUAUCGAGUCCGUCCGUUUCCGUUUGGAGUUUUUUGAGGUGAAGGUCACGAUCUCCGUUCCGAAACGUGUCGGCGAGAAGUUUCGCGUUGAAUUUACUGUGCAACAAAGAUGUGGCCACGAGAGGCUGAGGGAAGAGCAGCCUUUUGAUGGACUUCAGCAGGAACUUGAUGGUGUUGCGGAUAGUGGGGAGCAGAGGAAGGAGAUGUUGAAUAGAGUUGCGAUGGCGGUGGUUGGGCGGGUUCGUAUGUUUUAUUGA